UGUGAACAGGCGGUCACAUGACCGCCGCCGUGGGCGCCAUGGCGAGGCUCGGGGCGGUGCCGGUGCCGCUGCUGCUGCUGCUGGGGGCGGCCGCGGGCUGCGGGUACCAGUCGUGCCCCCCCACGCGUCCCGACAUGCUGAACGUGCACCUGGUCCCGCACACGCACGACGACGUGGGCUGGCUCAAGACGGUGGAGCAGUACUACUACGGAGUGCGGAACGCGGUGCAGCACGCGGGGGUGCGGUACAUCCUCUCCGCGGUGGUGGCAGCGCUGCGGGCGGAGCCCUCUCGCCGCUUCGUCUACUCCGAGGUCGCCUUCUUCGCCCGCUGGUGGCGGCAGCAGGACGAGGCCACCCGCGGGGCCGUGCGCAGGCUGGUCCAGGAGGGGCGCCUGGAGUUCGUGGGCGGGGGCUGGUGCAUGAGCGACGAGGCCACCACGCACUACGCGGCUGGCAUCGAGCAGCUGGCACUGGGACGCCGCUUCCUGCGCCACCACCUGGGCGCCUGCGGCACCCCCCGCGUGGCCUGGCAGAUCGACCCCUUCGGGCACUCGCGGCAGCUGGCAGCGCUGCUCGCCCAGAUGGGCUACGAUGGCCUCUUCGUGGGCCGCGUGGACUACCAGGACAAGGCGGAGCGGGAGCGGCGCCGGCGCCUGGAGAUGCUCUGGAGGGCGAGCGAGGACCUGGCGCCGCCCGCGGCAGACAUCUUCACGGGCAUCCUCCCCAACGUCUACAACCCCCCCCGGGGCUUCUGCUGGGACCAGCUCUGCUCCGACCCCCCCGUGGUGGACGAGCCCAGCGAGGAGAACAACGUGGGGCAGGUGGUGAGCUCCUUCCUGCAGGCUGCUGCCAGCCAGGCCCAGCACUACCGAACCAACCACAUCAUCAUGACCAUGGGCUCCGACUUCCACUACGAGAAUGCCAACCUCUGGUUCACCAACCUGGACAAGCUGAUCGCCCACGUCAAUGCCCGGCAAGCCAACGGCAGCAGAGUGCAGGUUCUCUACUCCACCCCCUCCUGCUACCUGCGGGAGCUGCACCGAGCCAACCUCUCCUGGCCGCUGAAGGCUGAUGACUUCCUGCCCUACGCGGAUGGAGCUCACCAGUUCUGGACUGGCUUCUUCUGCAGCAGACCUGCGCUCAAGCGCUACGAGCGCCGCAGUGCCAACCUGCUGCAGAUCUGCUCCCAGCUGGAGGCUCUGGCCGGGCCGGUGGCACGGGAGGGGCCCUACGGCCCCGGGGACAGCUCCGUGCUCCGGGAGGCUGUGGCCGUGGCUCAGCACCACGACGCCGUCAGCGGCACCGAGCGCCAGGACGUGGCCGAUGACUAUGCCAGGCAGCUGGCACGGGGCUGGGACAGGUGCCAGGUGCUGGUGGCCAACGCCCUGGGCAGCCUGGGGGGCACCAAGCAGAGCUUCGUCUUCUGCGAUGCCCUCAACAUCAGCGUCUGCCCCCUGAGCGAGGUGGCCAAGCAGUUCAGCCUCACCCUCUACAACCCCCUGGCACGCAGCAUCUCCUGGCCCCUCCGGCUGCCAGUCGCUGGCACCUCCUACGCCGUCACGGACCCCCAGGGGCAGCCUGUGCCCAGCGAGGUCGUGCCCAUGUCCAAUGCCACCCGCUGGCUGCGGGGGCAGGGUGGCAGUGCCAGCGGUGCCAGCAAUGCCAGCAGGGAGCUUCUCUUCUCGGCCUCUGCGCCCGCCCUGGGCUUCAGCACCUUCACUGUCACUCGGCUGAGCCCUGAGGACCCCCGGGGAGCCCCCCCCGCCCCGAGCCUGCCGUCAGAGCAGCCUCAGGAGAUCCAGAACGAGCACUUCCGAGUGCUCUUUGACCCCCUGACCGGGCACAUGAGGGAGAUCCAGAACCUGGCCAAGGGCAUCUCCCUGCCCGUGGCACAGAGCUUCUACUGGUACAAUGCCAGCGUGGGCGAUGCCAGCAGCCCGCAGGCCUCCGGCGCUUACAUCUUCCGCCCCGACGGCUCCCAGCCCUUCCCCGUCGCCGGCUCCAAGCGAGUCUCCACCUCCGUGCUGAAGACCAGGCUGGUGCAGGAGGUGCAGCAGAACUUCUCCUCCUGGUGCUCCCAGGUGGUUCGGCUCCACGCGGGGCAGCCCUACCUGGAGCUGGAGUGGACCCUGGGGCCCAUCCCCGUGCAGGACGGCUGGGGCAAGGAGGUCGUGAGCCGCUUCGAGACGCCGCUGGCCACGGCCGGGACCUUCUACACCGACUCCAACGGGCGCCAGACCCUGCGCCGCAGGCGAGACUUCAGGCCCAGCUGGAAGCUGAACCAGACGGAGCCUGUGGCAGGGAACUACUACCCUGUGGCUACUCACAUCUACAUCAAGGACUCCCGGCUGCAGCUGACUGUCCUCACCGACCGCUCGCAGGGCGGCAGCAGCCUCUCGGAUGGCUCCUUGGAGCUGAUGGUCCAUCGUCGCCUCCUCCACGAUGACAACCGAGGGGUGGCAGAGCCCCUGUCGGAGCCUGGCACCGACAAGCAGGGGCUGGUGGUCCGCGGGCACCACCUGGUGCUGCUGGACCGCGCCGCGGAGGCGGCCGAGGGGUACCGGCCGCUGGCACAGCAGCUGGCACUGGCACCGUACCCGGUGCUGGCCCCCGCCGGGGGGGGCGAGCCCCAGCCCAGGCUGCGCCAGGUGAGGCGGGGAGGGGGCUGCGGGGCAGGGCUCUGGGAGGGGGAGCGCCCCCCUCUGCCCCCCACCUGUGCCCCCUUGUGCCCUCCCCCGCACCCCCACUUGUGCCCACAUGUGCCCCCUCCCCCCCCACCCCUGCAUGUGCCCCGUCCCCUCCUGCACCCCAACAUGUGCCCCCCCCGCACCCCUACUUGUGCCCACAUGUGCCCCCUCCCCCCACCACCACCCCUGCAUGUGCCCCAUCCCCUCCUGCACCCCAACAUGUGCCCCCCCCGCACCCCUACUUGUGCCCACAUGUGCCCCCUCGCCCCCCACACCUCCCACUUGUGCCCAGUU